AUGUCUAAAGCCGUCGGAAUCGAUCUUGGAACCACAUACUCGUGUGUGGCCCACUUUGCCAACGACCGGGUCGAAAUCAUUGCCAACGACCAGGGUAACCGAACCACCCCUUCUUUCGUCGCCUUCACCGACACGGAGCGACUGAUUGGAGAUGCUGCAAAGAACCAGGCCGCCAUGAACCCGGCCAACACCGUCUUCGACGCCAAGCGACUGAUUGGCCGAAAGUUCUCCGACCCCGAGGUCCAGAACGACGCCAAGCACUUCCCCUUCAAGAUUGUCGACAAGGGCGGCAAGCCCGUCAUCCAGGUCGAGUUCAAGGGAGAGCAGAAGACCUUCACUCCCGAGGAAAUCUCCUCCAUGAUCCUCGUUAAGAUGAAGGAGAUUGCCGAGGCCUACCUCGGAGGCAAGGUCAACGACGCUGUCAUUACCGUCCCUGCCUACUUCAACGACUCCCAGCGACAGGCCACCAAGGACGCCGGUCUCAUUGCCGGCAUCAAUGUGCUGCGAAUCAUUAACGAGCCCACCGCCGCCGCCAUUGCCUACGGUCUGGACAAGAAGGGCCAGGGCGAGCAGAACGUUCUCAUCUUCGAUCUUGGAGGAGGAACUUUUGAUGUCUCCCUGCUGUCCAUCGAGGAUGGUAUCUUCGAGGUCAAGGCCACCGCCGGUGACACCCAUCUGGGAGGUGAGGAUUUUGACAACCGACUGGUGAACCACUUUGUCCAGGAGUUCAAGCGAAAGCACAAGAAGGACAUUUCCACCAACCAGCGAGCACUGCGACGACUGCGAACCGCCUGUGAGCGAGCCAAGCGAACCCUGUCGUCGUCUGCCCAGACCUCCAUCGAAAUCGACUCUCUGUACGAGGGUAUCGACUUUUACACCUCCAUCACCCGAGCUCGAUUCGAGGAGCUGUGUCAGGAUCUGUUCCGAGGCACCAUUGAGCCCGUCGAGAAGGUGCUCAAGGACGCAAAGAUCGAUAAGGCUUCCGUGAACGAGAUUGUUCUUGUCGGAGGUUCCACCCGAAUCCCCAAGAUCCAGAAGCUGGUGUCGGACUUCUUCAACGGAAAGGAGCCCAACCGAUCCAUCAACCCCGAUGAGGCUGUUGCCUACGGAGCUGCUGUCCAGGCCGCCAUUCUGACCGGAGACACCUCCUCCAAGACCCAGGACCUGCUCCUGCUUGAUGUUGCUCCCCUGUCUCUCGGUAUCGAGACUGCCGGAGGAGUCAUGACCAAGCUCAUUCCUCGAAACUCCACCAUCCCUACCAAGAAGUCCGAGACCUUUUCCACCUACGCUGACAACCAGCCCGGUGUGCUGAUCCAGGUGUUUGAGGGAGAGCGAGCCCAGACCAAGGACAACAACAUUCUCGGAAAGUUUGAGCUGUCGGGCAUUCCUCCUGCCCCCCGAGGAGUUCCUCAGAUUGAGGUCACCUUUGACCUGGACGCCAACGGAAUUCUGUCCGUCUCCGCCGUGGAGAAGGGUACCGGUAAGACCCAGCAGAUCACUAUUACCAACGACAAGGGCCGACUCUCCAAGGAGGAGAUUGACCGAAUGGUCAACGACGCCGAGAAGUACAAGGAGCAGGACGAGGCCGAGGCCAAGCGAAUCGCCGCCAAGAACGGCCUCGAGUCUUACGCCUACUCUCUCAAGAACACUCUGUCCGAGGAGAAGUUCAAGGAGAAGGUUGAGGAGCCUGAGCGAGAGAAGCUCGAGAAGGCCAUCAAUGAGACCAUCGAGUUCCUUGACGCCACCCAGUCCGGUACCACCGAGGAGUACGCCGACAAGCAGAAGGAGCUGGAGGGUGUUGCUAACCCCAUUCUGAUGAAGUUCUACGGCGCUGAGGGUGGAGCUCCUGGAGGAGCUCCCGGCGGACCCGGAGGCUUCCCUGGUGCUGGAGCCGGAGGACCACCUCCCGGAGCUGGCGGUGAUGGUCCCACCGUUGAGGAGGUUGACUAA